AGUAAUCUUGAUUUUCUACGAUAGUAAGCUCUUAUUUCAACUUCACCGAAUCAUGGCUCCUGAAUCAACUAGGCCUGAAAACGAAGGUGAGAGGCAAAAAGGCCUUGAUCAGGAGAUCAGAGAGUUGAUCUCGGCUCUCACCAAUCGCCUUGGCAGCAUCCAUCGUACUCAGAAAUCAGGAAACUCAAGUACCCUCAAUCAGGAUGAUGAUGAGCAGGGUGUCAGAAUCAUCACAUUGGCCGGGAGCAACCUUGGAGCCACCAUGCGUGGGGAUAUGGACGAGAAACCUGCCCAACUUCAAGGUUUGGACCUGCCGGAAGAUGAAGACCUUGCUACCUACGUCAACAGCAAUUUCCAGGCCAUCAACAACUCUAUCAUGUUAGGUGGAAGCUACAAAACUAACGAUCCAGGGGUUCAUUUGGACAUCACAGACUAUUCGGAACAGGACGAUCACCCCGAGUAUGGAAAGAAGGGCAGGAAGAAAAACACGGGAAGCUCCAGAAGUGGUCGUCAAAGUGGGAACUCGGAUGCCAGCGAUAGUGAAAGAAGUUGAAUAUAGUUAAGGAGCCGCACGUUUGGUGGAUGAUACGUCUGACUUAUAAAUAAAUGCUCUGUGAAGCUGGUUUUCUUUCCAUAAGUAUAAGCUGUGCCUUAGGUUUGGUGUGAAUUUGUGAAAUAAUCUGUCGUUUUCCUAUGAGGCUGGCUCUUUCCGAGUUCAUUGUCUCAUUUUGAUUGCUUUCGUGAAAAUCUUCUAUAUGUUUAACCGUACGUGGUAAUAAUGUGA